GUGAAAAGGAAAGCGGGCGCUCUGAGCUCCUGGAACUACAGCUCCCGUCAUGCAUUGCGCUGGAGAGAGCUAGAGACCAAGGGGCAACUUCCGCAAAGAGUUCCCUAUCUCUGAUGGGCUGAGCUUUUGCAAACCGGCAGCCUCCAUUGGCUGCCAGGCGACCCUUCUGGAGGAAGGGGGAGAUCAGGGGAAGACGCGGGGGCGCAUUGCAUGAGUUUUUUGCAUGCUUUGCAGCCGAUUGGUCUGCGUGCAUCGGGGAGAAUUGGGAGCAAGCUGGGGAAAGGAGCAGAGGAGGUGAGAUUGGGGAGGGCUGUGCAAAGGGGGCUGGGGCAACUGAGUGGGUAGAAGGGCUGCAACUCCGUGGGGCAGCUGCCAUGCGUGCAGAAGGCCCCCCCGUGCAAUCUCCAUCAACCCCAGGCAGAGCUGGGAAAGUCUUCCUUCCUAAAACCCCGGAGAAUGCUGCCAGCCAGUGCAUGCACUAUUGAGAUGGGGGGGGUUAAUGGCAAGGCUCUACCUAAGGCGUUUUGCAAAGGGCCGCAUGCAACUCGGCGCCAGGGUACCUGCUUUGCAUGCAGAAGUCCCAUGGUGCAAUAGCCAGGUAGGGCGGCCGGGGGCAAACCCAGGCUGAAAGCCUGGAGAGCGGCUGCCAGUCAGUGCAGGCACUAUGGAGGUAGGUGGACCAAUGGCUAAGCUCUGCCUAAGGCAGUUUGCUAGGCCUCCUAAAGAGCAUUUUGGGGAGAGGGGAGGUUCGGAAUAAUGGAUUUGAAAGUCUGCAGCGGGAAAUCUGGAGGGUUUAGUGAUGGGGGAAAAGGAAUUUUCCAUGCUUACAAAUGUGAAAGAUCAGAAAAGAGAAAGGCUUCUUUGUGUUGGUGAGGAGAUGAGCUUGUUGGCCUCAAUUCGAUCCGAUAUAAAUGAGAUUACCUGGCCAAGGCAAGCUUGCACCUCUCACUGCCUGUAUGCAUACUUAUGGUACACAUGGAAGAGGCUGAAGUAUAAUUAUAUUUUGGGAAUGAUCCAUGUUAUUAUGCAGCUGCCUUUUGUUAUACAUCUGGGAUGUUUGCAAUAUUCUAAGGGGUUUUUCUGGCUUUAAGCAAUUUUGCUUGUGUGCACAAUAGCCAGGAACGUACCCCAUGCAUAAGACAAGAUCUACCUAGAUAUAAAUGCACCACUCAGGGUAGCUUGAAGCAUAUAUAUAGAUAGAUAGAUAGAUAGAUAGAUAAAAUUGCAAGAGGCAGGAGUUAAAAUCACAAAAAUCACUUUAUUAAGGUCUGCAUGAAUUAAAGGGUCUUUGGUUCUUUUUUAUUCUUUUUUUUUUGUUACAGUGGUAUCUCGGGUUAAGUACUUAAUUAAUUCUGGAGGUCCGUUCUUAACCUGAAACUGUUCUUAACCUGAAGCACCACUUUAGCUAAUGGGGCCUCCCACUACCGCCACGCCGCUGGAGCACGAUUUCUGUUCUCAUCCUGAAGCAAAGUUCUUAACCUGAAGCACUAUUUCUGGGUUAGCGGAGUCUGUAACCUGAAGCGCAUGUAACCUGAAGCGUAUGUAACCCGAGGUACCACUGUAUAUGCUUUAUUGAUUUAAAACUUUAUAACAAAAAUGCACGAUAGUUGUUAUAGACAAAAUAAAAAAUAAACAAUUAUUCGUACUUGCUUUGUAUACCCAUUUCUAAUUAAAUUUUGCGAGACUUCCGAUCUCCCCCUUGCGUUCCCAAAUUGAAUUCCCUAAACACGUGCUUAAACUUUACUUUCUCAGUAUUAUUUAACUUACUAUCCAUUUUAUUUAAUAAAAUUACCCUAUUUGCACGCCGAAGCUAAGUCAAUACCUGCCGAUGGAUUGAUCUUUUGACAAUGUUCUUUUACAGUGGUGCCCCGCAAGACGAAUGCCUCGCAAGACGGAAAACCCGCUAGACGAAAGGGUUUUCCGUUUUGGAGGUGCUUCGCAAAACGAAUUUCCUAUGGGCUUGCUUCGCAAGACGAAAAUGUCUUGCGAGUUCCUGCGGGGUUUUUUUCCUCCCCCCCCCCUUUUUCCCAAGCCGCUAAGCCGCUUAUCAGCUGAUCCUAAGCCGCUAAGCCGCUUAACAGCUGAUCCGCUAAGCCGCUUAACAGCUGAUCCGCUAAGCCGCUUAACAGCUGAUCCGCUAAGCCGCUAAUAGCGCUAAUCCGCUAAGCCGCUAAUGGGCUUGCUUUGCAAGACGGAAAAAACCGCAAGACGAAGAGACUCGCGGAACGGAUUCUUUUCGUCUUGCGAGGCACCACUGUACAUAGACACUAUAUAUGUCCCACUCUCUGAUAAAUGUUUCACCUGUAAUGUCUUGCUGGUAACCUCGCCAGGGUCUUUGGUUCUGAAUAGCUGUUACGUUCACAAUAGGCAGAGUUCCUAGCUGAGUUCAUCACAGUGUUGGGUCAUAUCAGAAGACCUUUUCCCCCUCUGCACAACUGAGUAACCAAAGGGGUCUUGGGCCUUUUGGGUUUUGUUUUGUUUUUUUGCAGGGUUGCAAGCAGUUGAAAGAAGGAGCUGAGCGAAGAUGUUUGGGGCGCGUUGUGUGCGCCUGGUUCUCCGCCGCUGUUCCUCUGCUCCCUGCCCCAAGCAUGCGGCAACUGCCAAACUGCUCCGAGUUCGAGAAGCGCUGGAAAUCCGAGACCCAUCAGGGCAGGACAUUAAAGUCCAGGUGGGUAAGGCAAGCAAGGGAGAGGGGUAGUUUGGAGGCUUGUUUUGUAUCUUGCCACACAUUUUUGUUGUUGUUGUUGUUUAGUCGUGUCCAACUCUUUGUGACCCCAUGGACCAGAGCACGCCAGGCACUCCUGUCUUCCACUGCCUCCCGCAGUUUGGUCAAACUCAUGUUUGUAGCUUUGAGAACACUGUCCAACCAUCUCGUCCUCCGUCGUCCCCUUCUCCUUGUGCCCUCCAUCUUUCCCAACAUCAGGGUCUUUUCCAGGGAGUCUUCUCUUCUCAUGAGGUGGCCAAAGUCUUGGAGCCUCAGCUUCAGGAUCUGUCCUUCCAGUGAGCACUCAGGGCUGAUUUCCUUAAGAAUGGAGAGGUUUGAUCUUCUUGCAGUCCAUGGGACUCUCAAGAGUCUCCUCCAGCACCAUAAUUCAAAAGCAUCAAUUCUUCGGCGAUCAGCCUUCUUUACGGUCCAGCUCUCACUUCCAUACAUCACUACUGGGAAAACCAUACAUUUACCCUGUCCUUACUCUGAGGAGCUCAGGACUAUGCAUAUUCAGUGCCAGAUUUAUGUAUAAGCUAAACAAGCUGUAGCUUAGGGCCCCAAUCUCUUGGGGGGCCCCCAAAAAAUUAAAGGGGGAAAAACUGGGUGUACAUUUCCAAAAUAGAAGAUAAAAAACAAAUAACAUAAAACCUACAUACAGCAAUAGUGUUUUGUGUUGUGUAGGCUCCUAUGAUGUAAGUCAUGGGCCCCGCCUGCUAGCCUGCUCCCUAAAAUAUCACUGGUUUGAUCAUUUCUAUAUAUACGGUGCCUACAUUCUACAUGGACGGUUAUGUGCAAAUGGCUUUAGAUACCUAUUAGGUCCAUAAAUACCAUAUAGCAUAUAUUCAGCACAAAAAGCGGCGGCAAUUUGUUGUUGACAAAGGACAGCUGGACAUAUAAAGGGCCCCAUUACCUUCAGUAGCUUAGGGCCUCAUCAAACCUAAAUCCGGCCCUAUGCAUGCUGUCCAAUGCGGCCCUCCGGGUUUCUCUGUGUGGCCCUUGGGAGUCUCCCCAGACCGCGCCCUCUCUCCCUAGGCCACACCCCUUUCCAGCCAUGCUCUUUUUGGUGUGUUCUUGCAUGCCUAGGCUGUGUCCAUGACCUCAUAAUAAAGCGUUCAAAAAGCUUAAGGGGAAAAAAUUAGAAAAACCUAAAAUAGAGUUUUGGUCAUUUAAAGUUUAUGAUUUUUCUAUUUCCUUCUGAGGAAACGGAAUAGUUCAGUGAAACGAGGUUUGUAGCCAGGAUCCCAUUAAGGCUUUGUUCUGUUUUAGGUUUUUCUAAUUUUAAUUCCUUAAGCUUUUUGAUUUUUAGUUGAUUUCCACAAGAUAAUAUUUAUGGUCGAUUGCUUCUUGUUUCAGGGAUUUUCACGGUAUUUCAUUGGUCCUUCUUCGCUGACUUGACAGGAAGGCUGAAGAAAUGUCUGAUUCAAGCUUCUCCUCUCUCUCUUAUCUGCUUCCAGGGUUGGGUCCGUUCUGUCCGCUCCCAGAAAGACGUUCUGUUUGUUCACAUGAACGACGGCUCCUCGUUGGAGAACCUGCAGGUGGUCGCUGACCCAGAAUUGGGACCCAGGUUGGCAGAACUUGCUGAAUUGGGGCCCGUUGCCCAUGCAUGCAGCCAGUUGGCAACUGAGAAUGGGCUGUGCCCACUACAGGUUGUAAGUGGGGGUGUCGAGUUUUUUAGCAGGUGUCAUACUAGAGUGAAUACUUUGAAUAAUUUCUUUUAUGUAACUGACAGGUGGGAAAAUCAGAAGUCCUUGUUCAUUUUUUCUCUCUUCUAUUUUUUAUCCUUUUGGUUUUUUAUCCCCCCCCCCCCCAUUUUUUUCCAUUUUUACUUGAAACUUGAAGCAAUAACAAUAUUUCAAAUAUAAAGAAGCAUGCAAUUAAUAUAGACUCCCCUCCCCCUCCCCUGCAUUUUAUUACAUUCUUUUCCACUACAUACAGUGGUACCUUGGGUAAAGUACUUAAUUUGUUCCGGAGGUCCGUUCUUGACCUGAAACCGUUCUUAACCUGAAGCACCACUUUAGCUAAUGGGGCCUCCUGCUGCUGCCGCGCUGCCGGAGUACAAUUUCUGUUCUCAUCCUGAAGCAAAGUUCUUAACCCGAGGUACUAUUUUUGGGUUAGUGGAGUCUAUAACCUGAAGCGUAUGUAACCCGAGGUACCACUGUAUUCUGAUUUCUCCCUAUACCUUAGAGUUGCUGUAUUUCAAAAAGUAAAAACCAGGACACUCCAAAAGUUGUUGAACUUUUUUAUUUAUCUAUCUAUCUAUCUAUCUAUCUAUGCCACGCCCUCCCAUCAGAUGUCAAGGAAAUAAACAACUAUGCGACUUUUAGAAGACAUCUGAAGUCAGCCCUGUUUAGGGAAGUUUUUAAUGUUUGAAGUUUUAUUCUGUUUUUAAUGUUCUGUUGAAAGCCACCCAGAGUGUACCUAUUUAUCUACUUACACUGGCAUGCUUUCAAACUGCUAGGUUGGCAGGAGCUGGGACAGAGCAACAGGAGCUCACCCCACUGCUGGGAUAUGAACCGCUGUCCUUCCAACCGGCAAGACCAAGAGGCUGUGGUUUAGACCACAGUGCCACCUGUGUCCCCCCCUUAGAUAAUUUAUGCCACCUAUAUAUCAUUUUCAUAAAAAAUUUCCUUCAGUAACAUGUGGUAAAUUUUAAAUCUUUUUUCCAUAGUUUUUCCCAGGUUCCUUAGGUGUUUUCUCUUUUUCUCUUUGCUUUUGUUUUUACUUAGAUUAGUUUCUCUUAUUUUAUCGUGUUAUGAAAAAGCUUUAAUAAAAUCUCAUUUAUUUAUUUUUAAAAAGUAUGCACAGUAUGAAAAUGGCCUGCAUGUCAUAAAUUCACAUUAUGAGCAAUUGAUUGCCUUCCCCCAGUGAGCUGACGUUUGGAAGUUCUGUCGAAGUCCAAGGGAAACUGAUAAAAAGUCCUCAUAAACGUCAAAAUGUCGAGCUGGCUGCAGAGAACAUUCGUGUGGUGGGCCCUUGCGAUGUCCUGGUAAGUGCAACAUAAUUUUUUAAUUAAUUUUUCUGUUUUACAAUUGUAAGUAUUCAUUUUUACAUCCUUAAGAUACCCAUGAUUUCCCUUCUUCUGUUUCCAUGGUUCAUUUUACAUAUAAUUCCCUUCAUAUUUUACAGAAACUGUUCAAUUCAGCAUUCCGUUAUUACAUCCAUCGUAACUCAUUUACACUGUUGAAUUUAUCUUCACGCUGCCGACGUUUUCAGCUGUACACAGUUAUUUCCCAUGUACUCAAUAAACGUUUUCUAAUCUUCUCUAAAUGUUUUUUCAAUUUAUUAUGAAUAUAUUUCCCAAUACUCUUUUACAAGUCCACCACAUAUGAAAUCUGCAGCAAUAAGUGCAACUCUUCCCAACUGCAGGAUAUGCCUGGUUGAUAAAUUUAUGCUUUUUCGUCAUCGUAGGAAACUCAAGCUGAUGCCUGUUUCCCUGGGAGUCAACCUCAUUAAACACAGCAGGACUUAUUUUGGAGAGAAUUUUUACAGGAUUAUAGCUGCUAAGCCAUAUUUUGAACUGUACAGGUGUUCUCUUUGGUUUUCUCAGGGUAUAUUAUUAUAAAUGGUUGUGGCUCAGGUGCCACUCAGUGCCUGGGUGACCUUCCAGCCUGUUGGUCAGUGUGCUGAAAGAGCUGAUCAGAAUACAAUCAAAUUAAGGGUGAAUAAACAUGAGCUUGUUGAGAGCCAGUGUGGUGUAGUGGUUAAGAGUGGUAGACUCGUAAUCUGGUGAAUCGGGUUCGCGUCUCCGCUCCUCCACAUGCAGCUGCUGGGUGACCUUGGGCCAGUCACACUUCUCUGAAGUCUCUCAGCCUCACUCACCUCACAGAGUGUUUGUUGUGGGGGAGGAAGGGAAAGGAGAAUGUUAGCCGCUUUGAGACUCCUUAAAGGGAGUGAAAGGCGGGAUAUCAAAUCCAAACUCCUCCUCUUCUUCUUAUGGCUCAGAAAUUAUUUCUCCUUUUUUUGGUGACUAUAUCCUUAUUAUAUUAUGGUGUUGGAGGAGACUCUUGAGAGUCCCAUGGACUGCAAGAAGAUCAAACCUCUCCAUUCUUAAGGAAAUCAGCCCUGAGUGCUCACUGGAAGGACAGAUCCUGAAGCUGAGACUCCAAUACUUUGGCCGCCUCAUGAGAAGAGAAGACUCCCUGGAAAAGACCCUGAUGUUGGGAAAGAUGGAGGGCACAAGGAGAAGGGGACGACGGAGGACGAGAUGGUUGGACAGUGUUCUCAAAGCCAGCAUGAGUUUGACCAAACUGCGGGAGGCAGUGGAAGACAGGAGUGCCUGGCGUGCUCUGGUCCAGGGGGUCACGAAGAGUCGGACACGACUAAACAACAACAUCCUUUGCCUUCAUUUAUUUCAGAGAUUUCUGUCCCGCCUUUCAAGACAUAGUUUUCUCAAGGCAGCUCACAACAAACAUAAAACCAUUUUCAAAUAGCAAACAUCCAUAUCUAAACUAGCACAACAGCACCAAUGAGACCAGCAAACCAAUACAGGAGUGACAGAAUCAUGAUUAAAAAAUAGAUAUUUUAAACAAGAGGAUCAUUAAUUGAAAAUCCAGUCCAUCUUCUCUCUAAACUGGCCCAGAGUGUGAUUGUUUCCUCUUACACCAUGUUGAUUGUUUUACUUCUUAGAUGGGACCACCUCUGAUAAUGAUUCUAGUCUCUAAUAAUGAUUCUGACUCAGAAAUAAUUGAUAAUUAUUGUUGGAUCUUUAGAUGAAGAUUUAUAUUUGUUACUGUAAGAUGCUUUGCUAAGGGAGCCAUAGCUAUGUAAGUAAAUUUAAUCAAAUUUUUAUGACAGAAUUCCCAGCUGCCUAGAAAUAAAUGUUUCUGGAAAGUUGAACGUUGAGGUUCUUUUUCCCCCCUUUUCCUUGUUAAUCACUCAUUUUCCCCAUCUGAGCAUGCCACCUUUUCUACUAGGGGACGCAAGUGAGUUGUAAAGUUGAGCUUACUCUGUUGUCUCUUCCUUGUUUCCCCCAUCCAGGCGUUCCCACUGAAGUACAAAACGCAUCACCCACUGGAUUACCUCAGGCAGUUCCCUCAUGUCCGAUGCAGAACCAAUUCCUUGGGCGCUCUCCUGAGACUCCGCAGCGAAGCCACGGCUGCAAUUCACUCCUUUUUUAAGGUGGGAUGUGAUACAUAGAUAGCAGUCAAGUACAACAUUCCUUGUUUUCCUAGAGUGGACAUGCAAAGGGACGUUUGGCCCAGCCAGUCGAAAACUUCCUGUUUCCUCCUGGCUGGGACAUACUUCUUGCAUGUGACUAGAGGUGCGUGUGACCUUACCUGCCCAGGUAACAAGAAGGCAAGGCACGCAGCACACUUCCUUGUUUUCAGUGCUCUCUGUCUGACCUUCUCCGUAGCUGGACCAGGAGCUUUUUAGCUAGAGAUGCUCUGUUGGCUUUCAGGCCAGUGUUUCCCACUUGUCAGUGUUUAUAAAAGGUAAAGGGACCCCUGACCAUUAGGUCCAGUCGUGGCUGACUCUGGGGUUGCGGCGCUCAUCUCGCUUUAUUGGCCGAGGGAGCCAGUGUACAGCUUCUGGGUCAUGUGGCCAGCAUGACUAAGCCGCUUCUGGCGAACCAGAGCAGCACACGGAAAUGCCGUUUAUCUUCCCGCCGGAGCAGUACCUAUUUAUCUACUUGCACUUUGACGUGCUUUUGAACUGCUAGGUUGGCAGGAACAGGGACUGAGCAACGGGAGCUCACCCUGUCGCGGGGAUUCGAACCGCCAACCUUCUGAUCAGCAAGCUCUAGGCUCAGUGGUUUAGACCACAGCGCCACCCGCGACCCUCAUCAGUGUUUAUACUAUUUAUUUUUUAAAUUUGCCUUGAGAGAGUCUUUAAACCUUUUUUGUUGACCACCAGCAUUACGCUUUCCAUUUUUAAGUUCAGAAUAGAGUAGUUGCUUUGGAAGAUGAUAAUCAGGCAUCCGCACAUGACCAGUCCAACAAAGUUGAUGUUGAAGAAUCAUCGCUUUGACACUGGUGAUCUUUACUUCUUCCAGUACACUGGCAUUAGUUCGCCUGUCUUCCCAAGUGAUGUGUAAAAAAAUUUGGAGACAGUAUGCAGUCUCUGACCACUGGGUGGCAGUAUUUGUGUGUUUAUUACUCCAGAUGGAUAAAAAAACUGAUUUUAAAUUUUUUUCUUUAUUUAGUUUUCAAAAGUUUGCAUACUUUACCAUCAACAACACCUUUUAUUUAUCCAUUGACUUCCCAUCCCCCCCUCGAUGGUGUUGUAUGUUUAUCUUUCAAAUGCUGCAUAUUUUAACUUGCAGCACUCCAUAUAAACACCCGAGAUUAAUGUUUUUCUACUGUUGCUCAUAUUUCAAAAUCCUGCUCGCGUUUUCAUGCAGUUAUAAUAGUUCUUUAAAUAUUCUGCGCACGGUUUCCAAUCCUCAAAGAAUGUAUAAUUCUUUCUGGUCCCUAAUCUUUGCGGUUAACUUUACCAGUUCCGCAAACUCCUGUCAUUUUAAUAAUUUUAAUUCUUCCUACCUCCCCUUUCCAUUUCUGUUCGUUCUUGCUGCUGCCAUUUCAUGCAUACAUAAGUUAACCAACUUUUUCGGUAUAUCCGGAAGAAACAGAUUUUAUUUGCAAGUGAUUCCUGCAAUGCCUUCUGCUCCUAGUUUUCAGUCUUCCUGCACCAGAGACGGAGCAUAUUGCUUUAUCCUUUUCGUAAACCACAGGUUUUGUUUUUGUAUUUUGAAUUUUUUUUACGAAAUUUUACGAAAUAAACAGGCUUGCUAAUUUAGACAUAUGCAAAUGCAAAGUUUGAAUCAAUUGCUGUAAUGCAGUAUGUCUUGCCAUAAGGGGGAGGCAACAAGCAUAAACCCCAAAAAAGGGUUCAGAUGUGAUAGAGGUAAAAAGAAAUAGGUAAAGGUAAAGGGACCCCUGACCAUUACGUCCAGUCAUGACUGACUCUGGGGUUGCGCACUCAUCUCACUCUAUAGGCCGAGGGAGCCGGCGUUUGUCCGCAGACAGCUUCCGGGUCAUGUGGCCAGCAUGACUAAGCUGCUUCUGGCGAACCAGAACAGCACACGAAAACGCCGUUUACCUUCCCGCCGGAGUGGUACCUAUUUAUCUACUUGAACUUUGACGUGCUUUCGAACUGCUAGGUUGGCAGGAGCAGGGAACGCGCAAUGGGAGCUCACCCCGUCGCAGGGAUUCGAACCGCCGGCCCUUUGAUCGGCAAGCCCUAGGCUCUGUGGUUUAACCCACAGUGCCACCCGCGUCCCUUCAAAAAGAAAUAGGAUACCUUAAAAAUGCAGCGCAAUAGGUACUGCUUUGGGGAAGGGCUGCCGUUCAGUGGGGGAGCAUUUACCGUAUUUUUCGCCCUAUAGGAUGCACCGGCCCAUAGGACGCACCUAGUUUUCAGGGGGGGAAAUCAAGGAAAAAAAUAUGAUUUCCCCCCCCGCAGCUCCGGGAGCAGCGGACAGGCUGCACGCUACUCCAAGACCUUCUCCCUGCUUUUGCGGGAGGUGGCGGAAUUCCCCCACCUCCCGCAAAAGCCCACAGGAGCCCCGCGCGACUCCUGCGGGCUUUUCGACCAGGAGGGAGAAGGGACUGAAACGGCCAGUCAGUCCCUUCUCCCUCCUCGGGGAAAAGCCCCCAAGAGCGGCGCGCUCUUUAAAGGGUGCGCGGCUCCUGCGGGCUUUUCUAGGAGGUGGGGGAAUUCCCCCCCUCGUAGAAAAGCCAGCAGAAGCCGCGGAGCCCCUUUAAGGAGCACGAGGCUUUUGCGGGCUUUUGCGGGAGGUGGGGGAAUUCCCCCAUCUCCCGCAAAAGCCCAAAGGAGGGUUGGAGAGUAGCGGGAGGGCAUCGCGCGCCUUCCCGCUGCCCCCCAUCCUCUGGGGCUGGCGAUGGGGGAAGCGCUGCUUUCCCCCACCGCCAGCCUCAAAGAGCAGACUCUCCUGGCUUCAGCGGAAGCAACGCGAAGCCUCCGGAGUGCAGGCUUCGGAGGCUUCGCGUUGCUAUCGCUGAAGCCAAGGAGUCUGCAUUCGCCCGAUAGGACGCACACACAUUUCCCCUUCAUUUUUGGAGGGGAAAAAGUGCGUCUUACAGUCCGAAAAAUACGGUACAUUGCAUGCAGAAAGUCCCAGGUUCAAGGGAUGCGGGUGGCGCUGUGGUCUAAACCACUGAGCCUCUUGAACUUGCUGAUUGGAAGGUUGGCGGUUCGAAUCCUGUGACGGAUUGAGCUCCCGUUGUUCGGUCCCAGCUCCUGCCAACCUACCAGUUCGAAAGCAUACCAGUGCAAGUAGAUAAAUAGGUACCACAGUGGCGGGAAGGUAAACAGCAUUUUUGUGUGCUCUGGUUUCCGUCACGGUGUUCCGUUGCUCCAGAAGUGGUUUAGUCCUGCUGGCCACAUGACCCGGAAAGCUGUCUGUGGACAAACGCUGGCUCCCUCGGCCUGAAAAGAGAUGAACGCCGCAACCCCAUAGUCGCCUUUGACUGGACUUCACCAUCCAGGGGUUCUUUACCUUUUUACCUUUCCCCAGGUUCAAUUCCUGGCAUCUCCAGGUAGGCCUGUGAAAGUCUCCCUACUUGAAACCCUAUAGAUUCACUACCAGUCAGUGUAGACAGUACAGUGGUACCUUGGGUUACAGACGCUUCAGGUUGCAGACUCCGCUAACCCAGAAAUAGUACCUCAGGUUAAGAACUUCGCUUCAGGAUGAGAACAGAAAUUGUGCUCUGGCAGCAUGGUGGCAGCUGGAGGCCCCAUUAGCUAAAGUGGUGCUUCAGGUUAAGAACAGUUUCAGGUUAAGAAUGGACCUCCGGAACGAAUAAAGUUCUUAACCCAAGGUACCACUGUAUUAAGGUGUCGUGGGCUUUGAAGACGCUCAAACUCAGGACAAAAGGGAGAAAUGUGCUAAGAGGAAGCCAUGCUUGGCAAACCCUCACCGUGAUCAACUCCCGCCUGGAAACCUAUGUCCCCACUGUGGAAGGACGUGUGGAUCCAGAAUUGGCCUUCACAGUCAUUUAUGGACUCACUGCUAAGAUCGUGUUCAUGGAAGACAAUCUUACUCGGCUAUGAGUGAUCGUCUAAGAAGGAGGAGGAAUAAUAAUGGCCUUGACACUCUCUAUAAGACUUUGCCAGGCCUCCUAGAGAUCUCUCUGCAGGCAGAUUCUGCACUUGCCUAGGGAAGUAUCCUUGAAUUGUAGAGUUGGAAGCGAUACACACACAAAAUAUUUUUUCUUUAAGCACAAUUUCUCCACAUGGUUGAGGUUGGGGAUUGGUAAUCAAAGCAUUCAAAAUGUCUCCAGUGCAAAAAUAAAUAAAUAUCAAAGUGAACUUUAAAAAAUCAAAGCCAAAUGCAGAUGGGGGGGCUGAUUUGCAAGGAGUGACCAGAGAGAGGCAUGUUUGCAUUUAUUUGUAAGUCCCAGGGGAGAUAUAGAAGCGGACUUCCUCUGGGAAGUUAUUCCAGAGUCCCGGCAAAGCUGCAUUUAAAGUCCAGCCUCUCUCCACUGAUGGGCCCGUCUCUCUUGGCACAAAAAAAGCCCUGCUGGAUCAAACCAAGGCUCCAUCUCGUCCGGCCUCCUGUUUUUAAUAAUAGCCAGCAGGAUGAUUCUGGGAAGCCUGAGGGCAUUUGGCUACAAACCACGGUGGCUAAAUGGAGCCUCCAGCUUUAAUGGCAGUCUACCCCUGAAUCGCUGUCUACUGAUGAUAAACAGUGGGGGAGAAGGUAAGAAGGGCCGUGAUGGAUUAGAUCAAAGACCUCCCUAGUCUCACAUCCUGUUGGCUGCUUAUUUCCCAAGCGUCCUGUUUGAAAGUGGUUAGUUUGCAAGUGCACGUUUGGAUAAUCUGAGCCUCUUUGAAUUACAUUUCUCUUCCACCCUACCUCCAAGGAGCUCAAGGGGACAUAUGUACAUGGUUCUUUGCCCCUCCUCAUUUAAUCCCCACCGCAACCCUGAGAGGUAGGUUAGCCUGAGAGUGAGAGGCUGCCCCAAGUUUACCCAGUAAGCUUUGUGGGUGAGUGGGGAUCUGAACUCGGCUCCCAAUACGCUACCCACUAUGCCACAUUCAGUCUUUUAUCUGGGCAGACACUCAAGUCGUCCAUCAGUAACUUGUAACUUUUUCUCCUUCUCAAAUCACUUUUUAUUUUUAUUUUUAGGAUAACGGAUAUUUGCAUGUUCACACGCCGAUAAUUACUUCAAACGACUGUGAAGGAGCCGGGGAAAUCUUUCAAGUAGAGGUAAGGCCCUUGAUAAUUCAGCAAUAAAUAAGCCAGAAUCAGGGAGUUGGAAGGGACCCCGAGGGUCAUCUAGUCCAACCCCCUGCAAUUCAGGUAUCUCAACUAAAGCAUCCCUGACAGAUGGCCACCCAGCCUCUUUGGGGACCGACUUUUUCUUCUUGGUUUCUUUUUUUGCCUGAGGAGCCACAUUCUCUCUUGGUACAGGAUCCCCAAACCCCAUCUGACUUGUUACACAUGCAGAAGUUUUCCUCAUUUUUGGUUUAGUCUUUGUGCAAAUAAUAAUAAUAAUAAUAAAUUCUUUAUAUCCCACCCUCCCCAGCCGAAGCUAGGCUCAGAGCAGCUAGCAACAGUAAAAAUAACAGUUUACAUAAAAUCACAAUCAAUGAAUUAAAAUACAUUCUAAAAUCAAUUCAUUCUAAAAUCAAUUCAGAGUCAAAUUAAUGGCAACCAUUGGGCUAGAGAUUCUAUGAGGGAUUACAGAAGGAGGGGGUCAGACUAUUUUGGCCAAAAGCCUGGUGGAACAGCUCUGUUGAGCAGGCCCUGCAGAAAGAUAUCAAGUCCCACAGAGCCCUAGUCUCUUGUGACAGAGCGUUCCACCAGAUUGGGGCCAUGGCCGAAAAAGCCCUGGCUCUGGUUGAGGCCAGCCUAACCUCCCUGUGGCCCGGGAUCUCCAAUAUGUUUUUAUUUGAAGACGGUAAGGUCCUCCACCGGACAUACCAGGAGAGGCGGUCCCAUAAGUAGCCUGUGUGCGUGUGUGAUUCCCACCAGCAAUAGUGUCACACAACAAACUGGUUUUGAAACCUAGGGAAGCAUCAACACAGUUUGAAGAGCAUCGCGGUGUGACACAUCGCAGUGAAUGUCUUCUCCAAAAUCCCUCCAGAGGCACCUUCGCAGGUAUCCCGUGGGGUGAUCGAAGGGGGCAGUGAUCCCUGCCUCUGUGUCCCUUUUGCAGGAGGGGGAGCGAAAUUCCUGCAAAAAAUAAUAAUAAUAAAGGUAAAGGGAUCCCUGACCAUUAGGUCCAGUCAUGACCAAAUCUUGGGUUGCGGCCCUCAUCUCGCUUUAUUGGCUGAGGAAGCCGGUGUACAGCUUCCGGGUCAUGUGGCCAGCAUGACCAAGCCACUUCUGGCGAACCAGAGCAGCGCACGGAAACGCCAUUUACCUUCCUCCCGGAGUGGUACCUAUUUAUCUACUUGCACUUUGAUGUGCUUUCGAACUGCUAGGUUGGCAGGAGCAGGGACCGAGCAGCAGGAGCUCACCCCGUCGCGGGGAUUCGAACCGCCGACCUUCUGAUCGGCAAGUCCUAGGUUCUGUGCUUUAACCCACAGCGCCACCCGCGUCCCUUCAAUAAUAAAGCUUAGUAGCAAAUGAAACCUUUUUUGUUUGCCCUAAAGCCAAAUGCUUCCUUUGAGCUUAAAGGAGAGAACCAGGAAGGCAGACAUCAAAGGGAAUCAUUGUUAUAUCACUUAGAGGAAAGCACAAAACAGGUAUUGACUGGGGGUUGUUCUUUAUGCCUGGAGUUAGUCUCCAAAGCCUUCCACUGCUCCAAGCUUUUCUGUUGUGUAUUGACAGCGCUUUCACCCCAAGAAGCAGAGAGGAUUUACUAAAGCCAUCUGCCAACCAUUCCCCUUCGAGUAAUAAUAAGGGAGAGGAUGUGAAAAGUAACAGGUAUUUUGUGGGUAGCAUUAGGUGUUUAAAGCUUAUAUUGGGCAGACGCUUGAUCAAACUGUUCUCUAAAUUGGGGGUGGGGGAAAUCAGACCCAGCAGUCAAAUUCUCUCUGUCUGGCCCUCCAAACCAACAAAUUUAAACUAGCACAGCGAAAAGUGAAGGAGCACCUUGUUGUGGCUUCCCUUUAUGAAAUGUACAACACAAUACCAUGACCUAUCCCUUCCCCAGCAGCAUACAAAUCAAUAUGGCUAAUCUGACCCUAUAGCUUCUCCAAACCUCACACAUCGAAACAAACCAUACAGCAACCAACCAGGAUCUGAACCCCCCAAAUUCUCUCAAAGCCAAUAAAAAGAAAUAGAUAUGUAAAUAAACGACCUACCCAAAUGAUGCCAACACAAAAACCCUGCACAAAAACUGUGCAACAGAACGAAAAAUCAUAAUCUCUCCCCUCUUUCCCCCAAGCCGCACAGUGUCUUAUGACAUUAGUGUGUCAUACCGAAUGUAAACGAGCUAUAAAAGUCUCUGUAAAUUGAACAUGGAGACACUGUACAGUGGUACCUCAGGUUAAGAACUUAAUUCGUUCUGGAGGUCCGUUUUUAACCUGAAACUCUUCUUAACCUGAGGUACCACUUUAGCUAAUGGGGCCUCCCGCUGCCGCCACACGAUUUCUGUUCUCAUCCUGAGGUAAAGUUCUUAACCUGAGAUACUAUUUCUGGGUUAGCAGAGUCUGUAACCUGAAGCGUAUGUAACCUGAAGCGUCUGUAACCCGAGGUACCACUGUGUGUACUUUUCCCUUUGUUUGUUUUGCAACAAAGGAGAAUCUUUAAUAAAAACAAAUUUAAAGAAAAGAACUGGGCCUAGACUGUAUGCCCUCACUGGUCCCGCUCUGUUUUGGCUCGACCGGGAUGUGUUCUUGAACUCUGAUGAUGCCUUUUGCUUGCCUAGAUGGAGAAUGGACAGGGCAGUUUGUGUUGGAAAGUAGCCUUUUACUUGUUGUUGGCAAGCAGGAAAUCAACGAUCUUCUUAAACAUGAACCAAACGCAUGCCGCCAGAGGUAAAAGGUCUUCUGCGGAUGGAUACGAUCAAACACUGCGGAUGAUCUUAGCUUGGACACUGCUUGCUUGCUUGUCUGCCUCGAGAGACAAUGGAGUGCACCUCCGGGGGUGAGGUCAAACUCCUCCGUUAGCAGCACCAAAGUGGCCUUCCCGGGGCGCAAACCUGGGCAGUGUGUAUGGAGGCUCUGGGCUACCCAGAUGACAAGACCCACCCCCCUCUUGGCCUCGCUGAUGUGGUCAAACGAAAGCAGAGCACAAGGCGUUUGGCACCAGCUUGGCUGCAGGAGUUGUCAGAAGGAGGCCCACAAGGCGCCGUCCAACCGCCAAAGGGACUCCACUCUGAAUUUGUGCAGGGUUUACCCCGAAAGGGACACGGGUGGUGCUGUGGUCUAAACCACUGAGCCUCUUGGGCUUGCUGAUCGGAAGGUUGGCGGUUCGAAUCCCUGCAACAGAGUGAGCUCCCGUCGCUCUGCCCCAGCUCCUGCCAACCUAGCAGUUUGAAAGCACAGCAAUGCAAAUAGAUUAAUGGGUACCACUGUGGCGGGAAACUGAACAGUGUUUCCAUGAGCUCUGUUUUCUGUCCCGUUUUGCGCCAGAAGCACUUUAGUCCUGCUGGCCACAUGACCCGGAAAGCUGUCUGUGGACAAACGCCGGCUCCCUCGGCCUGAAAGCGAGAUGAGUGCCACAACCCCAUAGUCGCCUUUGACUGGACUUCACCGCCCAGGGGUCCUUUACCUUUUUUUACCUUUACCCACGUUCAAUCCCUGGCAUCUCCAGGUAGGCCUGUGAAAGUCUCCCUGCCUGAAACCCUAUAGAUUCACUGCCAGUCAGUGUAGACAGUAUUAAGGUGUCAUGGGCUUUGAAGAUGCUCUAACUCAGGACAAAAGGGAGAAACGUGCUAAGAGGAAGGCACGCUUGGCAAACCUUCACCCUGAUCAGUUCCUGCCUGGAAAUCUGUGCUGCCACUGUGGAAGGACGUAAAAGCGUCCUGAAAGCGAGAUGAGCACCACACCCCAUAGUCACCUUUGACUGGACUUAUCUGUCCAGGGAGUCCUUUAUCUUUAUCUUUUUCUAGAGUUUACCCCUUAGCCUUUACUUCUCCCAAAGAUAUUCUGCAAGGCAGCAGAGGUUUAAGAUCAGAGUUUUCCUUCCUCUAGAUGGGCAACCUUCCCAGGUGGACAAGCCCCAUCUGCCCCUCACUUCCCUCUAUAUCACGUGCAGAAACCACCUCCUUGACCGUUCGUCCCCCUCUCGGUCUCAUCUGCUCAAUCUGCCGGAGCCCGCCUUUGUACACAGGGGAAGUCCCUAACUCACGAGGGUUUGAGACCCAUCGGCUACCCUCACCUGGUUUAGCUGGCCAGUUGAAGCCGUUCCUGGAGUGUGGCCGCUGUCACACGCUGACAGCUUCUAGGAGCCACAGGUGAGAGCAUGGACCAAAGGUAGACAAACUACAGUGGUACUUCGGGUUACAGACGCUUCAGGUUACAGACUCCGCUAACCCAGAAAUAGUACCUCAGGUUAAGAACUUUGCUUCAGGAUGAGAACAGAAAUCGUGCUCCGGCGGCGCAGUGGCAGCGUGAGGCCCCAUUAAGUAAAGUGGUACCUCAGGUUAAGAACAGUUUCAGGUUAAGAACAGAUCUCCAGAACGAAUUAAGUUCUUAACCCGAGGUACCACUGUACCCCUCAUGUCCCCCGCCAAAGGUACUACCUUCCCAUAACAACCCUUACCCCCUCAACUGUACAGAUAUUAAAUUUACACUUCUUGUUUCACCCACAUUGGCUUUUGGCUCCAUUCCCCAUGGGAGUGUGGCCCUCAGAAGGUUGUACAGAACGGAGUGUGGCCCUUAGGUUACAAAAAAGGAGGUUUUUUGUGUCCGCUGUAGGGCACUACAUUUUAUCUCCCAUCAAACAUGGAGCCAGCCCUUUAGAAAGAGCUCAGAUUUUUUCUGUGGCUUUCUCUUGCCCUUGGUGUAUUUUUCCGCCCUUAGCUGCUACAAAUAUCUCACCUCAUGGAGGCAGGGGAAAUAUUAGGGGGAGACCCAUUUGGCUUUCCUAUUUCUCUGGGUGUCUCAGGUGACUGAGGGAUGCGGUUGAAUGGAAGGUUUUGUUUGUUUCUACAAACGGAGAGUGAAAUCUUCGUUUUCCUUUCCAAUCCAGGGCCUUUUCUGGCGUCCACAGCGUAGCGGGCAUGUUAUUGUCUUGUUCCUUUUGAGGCAAGGCGUUUGAAAAAGAAAUCCAAAGAAUCCUUCAAUAUUUCAUCUUUUCGCCUUUUGUUUCCUCUCUCCUGCAUUUGCCUGAAAGCUUUCUUCAAUCUUCACCGGUGGCCGUUGCAAGGAAACGAAAAGCCCCUUCUUGAAAACGUUGCUCUUUGUUUUAAUUUUUGUGACAGAUGUUUUCAUCCUGACGCGAAACCUUCCUUCCUUCCAUGUCUGUGAACAGCACCUGUGGCUCUUCAAAGAGAGGGUUUUCUUUCUUUCUUUCAUCAGUUACUUCCAAGGGAACUCUCGCAACCCCCCAGCAGAACUGUGCAUUUAAACUCUCCUGAAUAUAAAUGUUCUUCUGGUGCUUAGCGUGAGAACUGUUCAAAAGGAAGUUUGAGGAGUGUGUCUGUGCACGACAACAAUGUGUGACACGGUUGUAGUUUUCCUUUAAUCUGUUCCAGUGUAACUCGCAAAACUGAGUCUCUAUAAAGGAUAACAGUGUUUUCUCUGGCUCACAGGUGCUUUUAGGCACGAUUCAGAACUCGCAUUUAUUCAUCGGGGAAUGUGGGCAAUGCAUGUAUGAUGUACAUGUCGCCGUUAAACAAUCUUUUUAUCCUCCAAAGACAUCAGCAGAAUACUAGGGCUGGCCGAUACAUCCAUAUAUUGUCUAAAACUGGUUUGAAGUCCAUACUGUGAUAUUGACUUCGUAGUUUUUGACCUGGCAAUAUAUCGUGAAUCAUGAUUUGUAUUUUAGGGCUGGGUGGCGUAGCUUCCAAAACCAGCUUCAAGUCCGUAUCAUGAUAAUUGGUUUCAUAAUUUUUGACCUAGCAAUAUAUUGCAAAUCAUGAUGUGUGUGCUAUUCAAGAAUCACAUUAUGGGGGAAACUGAAGCUACCCAGUGCUUCUACAUAACUCCAUCCUUAUUUCAGUCAUUGUAAUAUAUCAGUACAGUCGUACCUCGGUUCUCAAACGCAAUCCGUUCCAGAAGUCCGUUCGACUUCCAAAAACAUUCGCAAACCAAGGCACGACUUCUGAUUGGCUGCAGGAGCUUCCAAUUGGAAGCCGCGCCGGACGUUCGGGUUCCAAAGAAUGUUCGCAAAUCAGAACACGCACUUCCGGGUUUGUGGCAUCCAGGAGCCAAAACGUUCGAGUCGCAAGGCGUUCGACAACCAAGGUACGACUGUAUAUCAUGAUAUAUCACAAAGUUGGAAACCAGACAUCACCCACCCCAAAUGUAUUAUCUUCUCAGCAACCUUGUGGAGUUGAUUCGGCUGACAGGUUCCACAUCAACCGGGGAGUGUAAGAGGUGAGGGGUGAUUUGAACCCAGAUCUGCAUUCUAACCACUACACCGCAGUGGCUCUCCUGUGUAUAUUUCGCACUGGGAAGUCACAACUGGUGCAAGUCUCUCCGCCGCCACCCCACUCCCCGGGAUGCAUAUGCAAAGCGAAGUGUGUGACCGUUCAGACGUUCAGCCAAACUAUGGUUGGUGCCAACCACAGUUGAAAUGGAAACCGUGGUUUGGAGCUUCUGCACAUACCAACAUGCUGUAGUUUACGGCUGCUUGCCGCCUCCUGUUUUCCAUCUGAUCUGUACACUCACUUCUGUUGCGCUGUGGCCUCUAAAGGAGGCUAGCAAUGGUUGAUGUACUGCGGAUAUCACACAAGCCUUUGUUUGAACAAACCACGGUUUCUAGACACCGCAGCGAAGCAGCUCCAUCAGGGAGGGACGGUAGCUCCGUCAUUACAGCACAUGCUUUGUGUCAGACAGGACAUCACGUUUGGGGAAGGUGGAUGUGAUUUGACGAAAACUGCUUCGAUGGCCAGAUUUGAACCCUGGGCACGCAAUUUGGCCCAUGGGCUGGAGGUAGCUGAAGGUUCCCUACCCCUGAGCUAAUCAACAGUUUCCCGUUUUGUUUUGUUUUAAUUCUUGCAGUCUGCAAAUGAAAAGAGAGUACCUGGAGAAAACCCCCAUUUCUUUGACGUCCCUGCAUUUCUGACGGUCUCUGGCCAACUGCACUUGGAAGUGAUGGCUGGGUAUGGAUCUUGUUGGUUUUUUGUUUUCUGUUCUCGCAGUUGGGAGAUUUAAGGCUGACUGUGGGUGUCUGUGGGUGUGUUUUGGGCCCCGCGGUGGUUGUAAGGUGUUGACACAACGGAAAUAUCCAUGGGGUGGCCCUUGUAAAUGGCACUGGAAGCCCAGUCGUGGGUGAAAUCAUAUUGGAGGGACAAGCGUGAGCCCAAAUAUAUUUCUUUCUUUCUUAUAUAUUACAUUCGCGCUCUACCUUUCUUCCAAAGACCUCAAGGUGGCACCCAUACUUCUCCCCAUGUUAUCCAUGCAACAACUUGAGGAGAAGUAGGCUUGGCUGAGAGAGGGACCGGCCUAAGGUCACCUAGUGGCUGGGUGGGGAUUCGAACCCUGGUCUCCCAGCUCCUAGCCUGGUUCUCUAACCACCACACUGCCUCUCCCUGGUGUGUCUGGUUAACUUGCGAGUGGAGUAGGCAGGGGAACAGAGAAGCCAGGCAAAGGAGAGUCACGUGGUCUCAGUUUGAAAGAGUGCCAACUUCAGCUGGUGUAUCGCAGAAUCAUAGAGUUAGAAGGGACCCGGGGGUCUGUCGACAUGCAGAGGGGCCGGGAGGCCAUUUAGCAAGCCCAGCUCGGACGUCUCCUUCCAUCGGCCCGUGCUCCGACGUAAAUCAGCGACCCGAACUUCAAAAGCCAGGGCACGCAAUUAGCAGAGUGUGGUUCGCACACAGAGGUAGGUGUGAGGUGUAAGUCAUGCUGCAGCUGCAGAUUUAUUAAACACCGUAUUUUUCGCUCCAUAAGAUGCACCUGGUUUUUAGAGGGGGAAUGCAAGGGAAAAAUUUUUUUUAAAGGGAGCGCUGAGCAGAGCCUGUGUGCAUCCCAGGCUCUGCUCAGCGCUCCCUUUCACGAGCCGUGUGUGCUUGCAGGUUUUUCUCCCUCCUUGUGAUUUGUGAAAGGGUGCGCGGCUCUUAGGGGCUUUUCCCCGAGGAGGGAGAAGGCACUGACUGGCCUCCUCGAGGAAAAGCCCGCAAGAGCCGCGCGGAGCGUGUGUGUAGCUCUUGGGGGCUUUUCCCGCCUGCCUCCGAUCCAUAAGACACACACACAUUUCCCCUUACUUUUUAGGAGGGAAAAGGUGCGUCUUAUGGAGCGAAAAAUACGGUAAAUCAGAACAAAGAAACAUGUCGUCUCUCUCUCAUGUCGUCUCAGAGAGAACAGCAAAAGCUAUACACAAACGGAAGUUCCCAGCAAGCUGUGCUGGAAUGUAAACAGACAUGUGACACGCAGCAAUUCCACAUGCCUGUUCCUUAAGGUGGAAUGGAAAUGUCAGCAGGGUCGUCUAGUCCAACCCCCUGCAAUGCAGGAAUUCAGCCCACAGCUGUCCCUGAGUGGGCUCGAACCACCAACCUUCAGGUUAACCGCCAGACGCGCUGACCCAUUGCACCACCUCCAGGUCCAACUACACCCUUUUCUGGGCCACUGUGGCUUGGGUAAUCUCAUGUUUAGACUACUGCCAUAUACUUUGUGUGGGGCUUCCCUUGUUGUUGGUCCAGAGGCUGCAGCUAUUGCAGGAUGCCUGUUAACCACUGACCCUGUUUCUAAGGUCUUGUUACUGUUUCGAGGGGGGGGUUGUUAAUUGGGUUGGUUUUGCUUUUAUUCUGAUUAUGCAUUUUGUGUUUUCAUAUUGUCAUUUUAUCCUGUGAACCGCCCUGAGACUUGCGGGUAGAGGGUGGUGUACAAGUUUAAUAAAUGAAUAAAUAAUAAUAAUAUAAAAUUAUAAAGCUCUAAACUGCUCUGGAUCCAGGGUACCUGAAAGAUAAUAAUAUAAUAAUAAUUUAUUAGUUAUACCCCGCCCAUCUGGCUGGGCUUCCCCAGCCACUCUGGGCGGCUCCCAACAACAUAUUAAAAUACAGUAAUGCAUCAAACAUUAAAAGCUUCCCCAAACAGGGCUGCCUUCAAAUGUCUUCUAAAAGUCUGGUAGUUGUUCUCUUUGACAUCUGGUGGGAGGGUGUUCCACAGGGCGGGUGCCACUACCGAGAAGGCCCUCUGACUGGUUCCCUGUAACUUGGCUUCUCACAAUGAGGGAACCGCCAGAAGGCCCUCGGCUCUGGACCUCAGUGUCCGGGUAGAACGAUGGGGGGUGGAGAUGCUCCUUCAGGUAUACUGGACCAAGGCCAUUUAGGACUUUAAAGGUCAGCACCAACACUUUGAAUUGUGUUCAGAAACGUACUGGGAGCCAAUGUAGGUCUUUCAAGACCGGUGUUACGUGGUCCCGGCGGCCACUCCCAGUCACCAGUCUAGCUGCCGCAUUCUGGAUUAAUUGCAGUUUCUGGGUCACCUUCAAAGGUAGCUCCAUUUAGAGCGCAUUGCAGUAGUCUAAGCGAGAGAUAACCAGAGCAUGCCCCACUCUGGCGAGACAGUCCACGGGCAAGUAAGGUCUCAUCCUGCAUACUAGAUGGAGCUGGUAAACAGAUGCCCUGGACACAGAAUUAACCUGCGCCUCCAUGGACAGCUGCGAGUCCAGAAUGACUCCCAGGCUGCGCACCUGAUCCUUCAAGGGCACAGUUGCCCCAUUCAGGACCAGGGAGUCCUCCACACCUGCCUGCCUCCUGUCCCCCCCAAACAGUAUUUCUGUCUUGUCAGGAUUCAACCUCAAUCCGUUAGCCGCCAUCCAUCCUCCAACUGCCUCCAGACACUCACACAGGACCUUCAUCGCCUUCACUGGUUCUGAUUUGAAAGAGAGAGAGAGAGCUCUCUAAAGACCGGACUUUCUGCCCAUUGUGCAGUAAAGGCAUUAAGAUCAGACUAAUAAGCACAGUGGGACGCGGAUGGUGCUGUGGGUUAAACCACAGAGCCCUAGGACUUGGUGAUCAGAAGGUCGGCGUUUCGAAUCCCCGCGAUGGGGUGAGCUUCCAUUGCUCGGUCCCUGCUCCUGCCAACCUAGCAAUUUGAAAGCACAUCAAAGCGCAAGUAGAUAAAUAGGUACCACUUCGGCGGGAAGGUAAAUGGCAUUUCCGUGCACUGCUCUGGUUCGCCAGAAGCGGCUUAGUCAUGCUGGCCACAUGACCCAGAAGUUGUACGCCGGCUCCCUCGGCCAAUAAAGUUAGAUGAGCACCGCAACCCCAGAGUCAGUCACGACUGGACCUAAUGGUCAGGGGCUGCUUUACCUUUACUAAUAAGCACAGUAUCAGCUCGUUGUAAUAAGAAAGCCGCUUUUUCACUAUCGUCGAAUAUACUGCCUGCUGAAAUAUGAGUUGCCCCCAUCUGUAUUGGCAUUCCGCUGGGCUUUGAAGAUGCGUCCUUGAUCUGUCAACCUGAGCCAGCCCAUAACCACCCCACGUGACACCACGUAUGACAUCAGGUGUGGGGCAGGCAAAGACUGUGAUCAGGGCUUGUGAUCCAAGUCUGACACCAUUAAAUUUGACACCAAAAUUUGAAGUUACCUGCUGUAAGCGGGACUUGAAUUCAGCCCCGAUCAGCUGAUUGGUGGUGAUCUAUUGUUUCAGUUCUGCCGCACCCACCUGUCAAAUUAGCUCAUCUGGGAUGUGGGGGAUCUGACCCCUUGUUUUAGGAUUUCCCGUAAUAAUAAUAAUCUUAUAACGUAUAGUUUUGGUAUUUUGGUAAAUUGAACAGGAUGAAGAUGCUGUAAUGACGCAGCACACUAUUAAAUCAGAACUUUUUUAUUUUUCCAGAGAAUGAUAAAGUAUAGACACCCCACACAAGUAUAAUGAAGGGGACUCAUCUUCACGUCGGCCAUUAUUAUAGUGAUGUCCUUAAGAUGUUUCUUGGGUUUUUUGGCUUUUGUUUUGUCUCCACUACCACCACCAAAAAAAAAAACCCUUGUACCGGACUUCAAAAUAAACAGUCAGGGCUCUUUGAGUACGGGACACAAUGUUAUUGCUUCACACCCUGUCCUUCAAGAACAUGUUCUUUUAUUAUUUAAGAACAACACCAGGCAUCUUAAGCCUCUCGAAUGCAUGCUAAAUUUAGACGAGCUAAAUUUAUCCGCUUGGAGAGAAAUUCUUCUUCUUUCGAGCCAAAAUGACAUUCCAGGCUUUUCAGCCUUCAAGAAAGGGCCCGGAAAAAGGGGUCUUAAAACAGAUUACAAGGAAGUGAGGCCAGUUGCCUCCGACAGCGCUCUCUUUUUCUCUGAGGGGAAAAAAAGACGCACUAAGGAUCUCGGUAUCCGUGUCUUCAAGUGGGCAAUGGCCGCCAUUUUUUAUCGCCACGUUGUGUCCCUUUCUUGCCAAAAGGCACUUGACAAAUAAUGAAUUGAAGAACGCGGCCGUCUCACGAUGGCUCGAUUCACACUUUUUGGGUGGGUUCGGGCAAACAUGUUCUUUCAGUAAUGUGCUAAUAAUUAGAAAUUACAAUUGUAAUUAUUUUAUUGUUUAUAUGUGGCCCAUCUGACUGGGUUGCCACAGCCAUUCUGGGCGGCUCCCAAUGAAAUGAAGUUACAGGGAACCAGGCCUUCUUGGUAGUGGCACCUACCCUGUGGUACGCACUCUAAUAAUAAUAAUUUUUUAUUUAAACCCUACACUUCCCGGUUCAAAAACCGGGCUCAGGCCGGCUAACAACAAAUUUAAAACACUUAAUUGUAAAAGCAGCAUAAAAUACAGUAUAAAAACAUGAAUAACAAUAAAAUUCAAAGUUCAGAAAUCAAUUUAGGGGAAAUCCAUCUAAGAAGCAUUAGAUAGUCACCAGGGCUAGCUGGCUGAAUUUGUCCUACUUGGGCCAGCGAGGAGGCCAGGGGAGAAUUAGCUGUGGGGUCUCAGAGUGGGUGAUCUUCAUAAAAUGGUAGGGGGAGGGAAGAGAAGGGAAAUAAAAGAUCAGUCUGAAUUCAGUUUAAAGGCCAGGCGGAAUAGCUCUGUCUUACAGGCCCGACGGAAGGAGGUUAAAUCCUGAAGGACCCUAGUCUCAUGGGACAGAGCAUUCCACCAGGUUGGAGCCAUCACUGAAAAGGCCCUGGCCCUGGUGGAGGAUAGUCUGACUUCCAUAGGGCCCGGGACCUCUAAACUAUGGUUAUUCAUGGACCUUAAUGUCAAGGAGAUAAAUAACUACACAACUUUUAGAAGACAUCUGAAGGCAGCCCUGUAUAGGGAAGCUUUUUAAUGUGCAGUGUUUUACUAUGUUUUUAUAUAUGUUAGAAGCUGCCCAUUGUGGCAGGGGUAACCCAAUCAGAGGGGCAGGGUACAGAUAAAAUUAUUAUUAUUAUUAUUAUUAUUAUUAUUAUUAUUAUUAUUAAUAAUAAUAAUAAUAAACAAUUAGUGGAAUACAGUAAGAGCUGUUCAGCAGUGGAACAGAUUCCCACAAGAGGUGGUGGGCUCUCCUUCCUUGGAGGUUUCCAAGCAGAGGUUGGAAUGGCCAUCUGUCAUGGAUGCUUUAGCUGAGAUUCCAGCAUUGCAGGGGGUUGGACUAGAUGACCCUCGGGUCCCUUCCAACUCUAAGAUUCUAUGAUGAUGAUGAUAACAACAACAACAACAAUUAUAUGCCCUUCUAAGUUGUGCAAACAUUUUAAGGAGUCCUGCUUACGGGCCAAGAAAAACGAGCUUUCUGUCAGUUUGGCUACUGGUCGCUUUUGAUAUCUGGCUGGCUGCUGUCCACAAGUCCCCCAGGAAGGGGUGAUACGGGCAAAUAACUAAUUAGUUAAAUAAGAUAAAAGGCAAAAGCAUUCUGCCCCCGGUAGUGGAGGGAAAACACAGCCCUAACUGAAUAAUAAUAAUAAUAUUAAAAUUUAAUUUAUAUCCCGCCCUCCCCAGCCAAAGCCGGGCUCAGAACGGCUAACAGUAAAAAUAGCACAGUUUACAUAAAAUCACAUUCAGCUAAUAGAAAUACAUUCUAAAAGACAGCUAUCCAUCUUUCCCUUUACUCUUUUCUAGGCACCAUGUUCCCAGCUCUUUCCACCAUUUCCCCAGAAUCCUCUGCAGGUCAAUGGGGUCCCUCAGCCUUGUGGAAAUGGCUGGUUGUGCGCAGAUAGUUUGCCUUAAUAACAUCUCUGCUGCUUCUUAAUUAAGAUCGGCAGGGCACGCGGCUUUCUUCCCCGACAGUAAAUUCCAGGUUUGCAGAGGACAAAGGGAACAAUGGGGUCCUUUUCUUCCUUUAGGUGAUUGGAAAUAAGAGGGAAGGCUCGUUUGGGGGGCGGGCGGAGGUUUUUCUGCCCCUGAAAAACCGCUUUGUACGAGAUGCUCCUUGCGCCUUGCGCACACAAACCCUACAGAUCUUCACUGCAUUUUCUUAUCUGCAAAAUACACAGAUCCAGAAAUCUUUCAUUGGUGUUUACAAAGCAUUAGCAGCUGGGGGUGAGGCAGGGGCUGGGAGCUAAUCCUGCAACUAUGCAGUGCGGAUUAUUGCAGGGUUACCUCAGAAAUCUGUGCCAGGAUAGCUUGGGGGACAGAUUUGGCGGGCAACGCAUAUGCAGUUUUGGCAACCCCUGUUCUUUAUUCCUUGUCGUCCGUUCCAGCUUGUGGAGGAAGGUAGGGAGAGAAGUCUUGACAUCAGGACAAAAAAACAAACAAACGCUGAACUCAUGUUUGAGGCGUGAUUUUCUCCUUCAGGAAGAUUAGACAAAUCCAUAGAGGAGAGGGAUAAAGAUGGCUGCCAGCUGCAAUGGCUGUGCUCUGGCACCAUAGUGGAGGCAGGAAUGUUUUUUAAGUACAGCGGCACCUUGGUUCUCAAACUUAAUCUGUUCCAGAAGCCCGUUCCAAAACCAAGGCGUGCUUUCCCAUAGAAAGUAAUGCAAAAUGGAUCAAUCCGUCGCAGACUUCUAAAAACAACCCCUAAAACGAUUUAACACAAACGCAAUUUAACACAAAUUUUACUAUGUUAACGAGACCAUUGGUCCAUAAAAUGAAAGCAAUAAACAAUGUACUGCAGUCACACAGUCAGUCAAUUAAUCAGGAGCUGGACUGGGUUCUUCCACACAGUCACAAAAACAAACAAAAAGGAGCCACAAAAACGCAAAAUAAAUAGCAAAAGCAGACAGACCUCAGCGUAACACUCAAAUCGGAAGUGUGGCACUCAGAUCAGAAGCGUAACACUCAAAACGUUCAGCUUCCGAAAACAGUUUACAAAGCGAAACACUUUGCGGUGUUUGGGUUCCAAGUUGUUUGAGUACCAAGGCGUUUGAGAACCAAGGUACCACCAUAGGAGGGGAGAGGGGUCCUUUGCACGAAUCCUGCUUGCCUGUUUCCCACUGAGGGAUCUGAUCAACCGCCCUGAGAACAGGAUGCUGGACUAUAGAUGGGCUUUGGUGUGUUGCACAACCAUCAUGCUUCUCUGAUGUCCCUCUCUGCAAGGCUGUUGUGCAGAAGUUGGAGCAAAACUUCAACUCUGCCUCUCCAUAGGACAGGACUGUUUCUUUAUGACUGAAAUAAUUUCAGUCAAAACGUUAAGAUUAGAUGGGCCAUUGGCCUGAUCCACCAGACUCUUCUUGUGUCGGCAGGUGGCUUGCAGAAAUUCAAACAUGCAGUACAGUGGUACCUCGGGUUAAGUACUUAAUUCGUUCCGGAGGUCCGUACUUAACCUGAAACGGUUCUUAACCUGAAGCACCACUUUAGCUAAUGGGGCCUCCUGCUGCUGCCGUGCCGCCGGAGCAUGAUUUCUGUUCUCAACCUGAAGCAAAGUUCUUAACCUGAAGCACUAUUUCUGGGUUAGCGAAGUAUGUAACCUGAAGCAUAUGUAACCUGAAGCGUAUGUAACCUGAGGUAUCACUGUAUACAGAAUUUAACCGUAGAUCUGAACAUGGAAGAAUAAAAUGCUAGAGCAGCGUUUAAGGCGCCAAGACUUCCUGAUGUUAAGUCAUUUCUAACCCAGAGUCUGAAACUUAGUACUGACAUGGCCUGCCUGGUUUCUAAUCUGGGGGAUGCCGUAGAAUUGAGCCCAGUACAGUGGAACCUCCACUUACGGACAUAAUCAGUUCUUGAGGUCGAUCUGGGUUGCCGGUAGAAGCGCCGUCGUGCACAGGGGCAUUCGGCGGCAGUGCGCUUCUGCGCAUGUGCAAACGGCAGAAGCUGCUGCUGCACAUGCACAAAUUGGAGCAAACCCAGUAUUUACUUCCGGGUUUGCCGCGGUCGCAACUUGGAUCAGGCCUAAGUAGAGGCGGUCGUAAGUAAUAGUAAUAAUAAAUUUUAUUUAUACCCUGCUCUCCCCGGCCAGAGCUGGGCUGAGAGCGGCAAACACCAAUAAAAUCACAGUAAAAAACAUAAUGGGGGGAGGAAACCAAUUUAAAAUACAGGUUAAAAUGCAAUUUAAAAUGCAGCCUCAUUUUUAAAUCAAGACCAUAAGGGGAGGGAAACAUAAGGGUCAGACUGAGUCUAAAUCAAAGGCCAGAAAAGAACAGCUCUGUCUUGCAGGCCCUGCGGAAAGAUGUCAAUAAUAAUAAAAUAAUAAUAAUUUAUUAUUUAUACCCCACCCAUCUGGCUGGGCUUCCCCAGUCAAAUCCCACCGGGCAGCACAACUCUUUGUUGAAAUGAUUCAUGCUUCUUCUUCAUGGUGGGGGGGGAGAGACCACCACUAAUUGUGCUCCCCUAAAUGACCCCCAUGAGCAGCUUGGGGCACCUGGGGCCGAGAGCGCAUACAUUUUCGAAUAUUUGGAAGGCCGGCGUAGCCAUUGGGUAAGGUGAUGCCACUGCCUUAGGUGGCGGAAGUCGCAAGGAGGCGCCCCCACCCCCCAAUUUCUGGCAAGAUCUCACCAAAAUUGUGUGAGAUCUUGCAGGGAGCACACACAAGAUCUCGCCAGAAAUUGGCACUGGAGGUAGAGGUGGAACUUCCCAUUUUACCUCAAGCAGCAAAACGGGGCACGGCCCCCCUGAACGUGUGACUCUCUUUGGGUGAGAUCCAGCAUAACAUGAGCAGAUGUCCAGUUGCCCAGUGGAGUCUCUCCUAUCUCUUCCAGCCCCCUGCAUGUCCCCCCCCCAAAAAAAAUCUGCUUCUCAUUGACCUGUAUCAUCCUUGAACAGUAGAAAGUAUUGGGUGAAUCAGGCAUGUGGGCAGAACUGAGAUAUAAGACAGCCUCAUCCGAUUCAGUUGUGGGGUCCCAAACAGAGAAAAUGCUUAUUUUUAUGAAAAUGUGAUCCAGGGAUUCUGGGGGGAAGCGUAUUGGUGACGGCACAGGCUCUAGCCAGUAGGUGCUGAUCACAGCCUGUGUGUUUUGUGGGCGUGACUUUCCCACCGUCUCGUUGCAGGGCAUUUUCCAAGGUGUACACAUUUGGUCCGACUUUCCGGGCUGACGAUUCUCAAAGCCGCAGGCACUUGGCAGAGUUUUACAUGGUGGAAGCAGAGCUGUCUUUUGCUGAAAGCCUUCAGGAUAUCAUGCAGGUAUGGAGCGAGUUACGGGGAGCGUGGAAAACGGAGCUCUUUCAAAACAAAACAAAACAAACUGGUAUUUUAUGUGUGGUUUCAAACCUGCUGCCUGUCCUACCUUUGCAGCAGUCGUGGGGGAAUCUUUGGCUCUUUGCUGAAUUACAACUCCCAUCAGCCCCAGCAAGUGUAGCCAAUGGUCAAGGAUGAUGGGAGUUGUAGUUCAGCAACACCCAGAGACCCGCAGCUGUCUUAAAAAGGAUUGACCGGAAAUCUGAAUGAACGAACCAUCAGAUCUUCCACUUCCGGCUAACUUUCCACAAACCUACUGACAAUUGUACAACAGGCGGUGUUUUUUUCCGUCCUGCUAAGUGUUUUAUUACAUUCUUUGUGUCUCCUGCGAAAAGAGUUCAGCGCUAUUUCUCCCAAAGCAGCCAGCAUGGGCCACUUUUUUUUAAAGCUGCCCUGAUGUCCCUGUGCCGGGCGAUAAUAUAGAUUGAGGGCACAAGGAGAAGGAGACGACAGAGGACGAGAUGGUUGGACAGUGUUCUCGAAGCUACCAGCAUGAGUUUGACCAAACUGCGGGAGGCAGUGGAAGACAGGAGUGCCUGGCAUGCUCUGGUCCAUGGGGUCACAAAGAGUCGGAAACGACUAAACAACAACAAUAACAAAUUUUAUGGUCUGUUUUUUAGUAUGCCUAAAAUCAUUUGCUUAUUAGGGGCUACCCCACGUUUUGUUCAAAAAAUUGCUUUGCAGAAGUAACUAACAGAGUUGCCAAAAUUUUCAAAAGUAGGGCGUCCGUGACUUGGCUUUUGGAGAGAGAAAAAAGGGCUCCUCCGUAAUUAGCUAAUUGGGAACCAUUGCUUUAAGGGGGAAAUGCUGUGUAUAAAUAAAUAUAUCAUCACCACAAUUUCCUUUUUAAAAAAAGAGAAAAAAGUGGCUUCAAACAGCAGUAUAAAGACUGUUGAAAUGACCUGCUGUGUAGGUUUUACUCUGGCAGAAGCUCUGUGACGCAUUAGAGCACUUCCUCUUUCAAAGAAAGGAAAACACGGUCUUGGCUUUCGUGCCCCCACCUCUUCGCCAUGAACUAACAGUUUUAAAGUUCCCACAGCGUGCAGAAGAAGCAACUUUCUCUUGCUUGGGGGAAAAAAGUGGGUGGCGUGAAGCACAAAAUUAGUUUUUUCCACUCUCUGGGUGAGCUGGGGUUCAGAAGAGGCCAACUUUCGCCACCUUCUCUUAUUUUUUAAACAAAUAUUUCUUUUAAUAAUCGCACUUAAGCCAGAAAAGUUGAAUACAAAAACAUAGCUAAAAAUACCUAACGCUAAAACAGUUUUCUCACUCCAGGCAAGGUGAUAAACUGUGGUUAAGGAAAACCAAAAGGCUGCCAAACUAGUCCAGCUGGGAAUGUUCAUGUUUUCCUGAACCAUGGUGUAAUGUUGCGUCCGUAUGUGGAGAGUUGAAGCCACCCAAAGCGUGGAAUAAAUUUAAGAAGUAUUGCAUUCUUGCACGUAACUCUGUGCAUCUGUGGCUCCCUCACUUUUCCUUAGGCUAUGGAGGACCUUUUCAAGAAAGUGACCGACACAGUUCUGUCCAGUUGCCCUCGCGAUGUUGAGCUUUUUCAUAAACACGUAGCUCCUGGUCAAGAGGUAAGGGAGAGAAAAGAUUUCUAUUACCUUAAAAGAGAGACAUGGUGACUAAAGCAAACCUCUUAGGUUCUGUUAUGGCUUUCAUGUCUUGGUUGUGGACUUCCUAUGAGCCUGAAGGAGUGUCUCCACCCCCAUCAUUCAGCCCGAACACUGAGAUCCAGCGCCGAGGGCCUUCUGGCGGUUCCCUCUCUGCGAGAAGUGAGGUUACAGGGAACCAGGCAGAGGGCCUUCUUGGUGGUGGCGCCUGCCCUCCCAUCCAAUGUCAAGGAAACAAACAACAAUCUGACUUUUAGAAGACAUCUGCAGGCAGCCCUGUUUAGGGAAAUUUUUAAUGUUUGAUUGUGUUUUUAAUAUUCUGUUGGGAGCCACCCAGAGUGGCUGGGGAGGCCCAGCCAGAAGGGCGGGGUCUAAAUAAUUUUAUUAUUAUUAUUAUUAUUAUUAUUAUUAUUAUUAUUGGAUUGGAUGGACCAGGUAAUGACCCGGCCCAGAUUGUUUUACUGUGGGUUCUCUGCCUAGCUCCUUCAUGCAGCCAGCAGACCAUCCCAAUGCAAAAUGAAGCCACCAUCCUCGCCUUGUGCGUUGGUUGAAACAGCACAAUUCAGCUUUUCCUGUGGAACAAAAUACCCGGGUAGCCUUGACUCUGGUUUCGGUAAGGCCAGAAAUGGAAACCAAUCUCCUGCUUAGAUUCGAUAUGCAAAUCCUCGAUUCCGUUCUGAAAUCCUUUCCGAAAAACGCAAAUGUAAACUCGGUGGUGGUUUCUGAACUCUUCUUCUGGUAGCCUUUGUGAAUUGUUUCUUCCUCUCCCGAAGGCAAAGGUGGAACGGAUGCUGAAGAACCGGUUCAUAACGUAAGCAAAAAAUACAUCGGCGUUCUUGUUUGUUGUCGGCUACAGCUGAAGUUUCCCAGCUUUUUUCCGUUAUAUCACAAUGAAUGGCAGGGUCCCUCCUGCACGGUACAUUUCAAGCAGUAGCAUGUCCCAAGAAUCCUGGGAACUAGUUUUUUAAGGGUGCUUAAGAGUUCCUAUGCUAGUCCUGGGACGGGGGUGUCAUCACAUGGUAGAGCUCUGUAUAGGCAUACAUACAGGUGAAACUUGAAAAAUUAGAAUAUCGUUGUUAGGGUAUUGGGUGGUUGCUCGAGAGCAGUCAGGCAAGAUGCCUCACUAGUCUGUUCUAAAGCUUUCUUAUUGGUGCAAAAAAAAACCUUUACAACGCAGAGCGCCUCUAUUCCAUGUCCUGCUCAUUCACUGGCCGAAUCUAAGAGUGGGCGGUCCUUAAAUCUUCCCCAGCAGAGUAGUCUCUUGACCCCCAGUCUGUGCCUCCCCUCUCUGCGCGAAAGCCUACUGCGCAAGGAAGGCUUGGGUAAAGGAGGACCUCCCUCCUCCCCGCUUUGCUCAGGCAAGGUACCCUGGCACCGCCUUGCAUCCUCCGAGCCCUGCAUCUCCUCCCCACUAGAGGCGUGGCUUGCUUCCUCCGCUGAGGAAGUGCUGUUUCCCACGAUCUUUGGGGGUUCCCUGUAAUCCAUCCACCUUUUCCCCUCUCGCCCCUGAACUGAUGGCAGUUCCCUGACAAUCGUGGAAAAGGCCAAUCCUUGUUUUGCUGAUUUCAAUUAAUAUUCUAAUUUUCUGAGAUUGUUAAUUUGGGGUUUUCAUCAGCUGUGCGCCGUAAUCAUCACAAUUAUAACAAAUAAAGGCUUGACGUACCUCGCUUUUCAUGUCAUGAGUCUGCCUCAUAUAUUAGUUUCACCUUUUAAGUUGAAUUACUGAAAUAAACGAACUUUUCCACGAUAUUCUAAUUUUCCGAGUUUCACCUGUAGGUAUCCAGCCUUUCUUAUGCUCACUGAACACAUGGAGGCAUGGGCCCACAACCCACAGCUUCCCCCCCAUGCAGCCCCACAACCCACAGCUUCCCCCUUGAGAGGUCUAGCGGACAACAACAUAAGGAACAGGCCUUUUCUGUGGUGGCUCCCCAUUUUUGGAAGCCUCUCCCCCAGGAGCAUAUAUUUAGGCGUUUCUCUUCAACCAGGCAAUUUGGCCAAUCAACAUUCUGUGGCCUUUAAAGUUGUUGGGUUUUUUUUGUGGCAGCUGGGUUGUUAUUUUGCUUUUGUUCUAUUAUGUAUUUUGAGUUUUCACGUUGAUGGUGUGGACCACCCUGUGAUCUUCAGCAGCUGCAAAUUUAAUAAAUAAAAUAAAAAUUAUUAAUCCUCCUGCCAUUACUGGGGUGGAUGCACAACACCCCUAGUCUUUUUUUCGUAGAAUUGGUCCAACCACUUGAGAUACAGGAAUCUCAGCUAAAGCAUAUAUGACAGAUUCAAUCCAUUCAGUAUUGAAGUUUUCCUGAAGGGGAAGGAAUUCUUCAGUGAUACGUUCCAUUUCACCCCACAGUGAGCUGUGUGUCAGGGCAUCGCAAAACCUUUGCGGGGAUUAAAAAGGGCCUAUCUCAGGUAUGGGGGGGUAGCCUGCAUCCCUUCAAAUAUUCUUGUAUUCCAUCUCCCAUCAGCAAGCAUGACCUAGUGAUCAGGAAUGAUGGGAGUUGUAGUUGAACAUCUGGAGGUGGUAAACAUUUAACAGCAUCCCUCAAGACAAACCUGCCUCAGAAUUCUAGUUACAGGUAGGUAGCUGUGUUGGUCUGCCGUAGUCGAAACAAAAUAAAAAAAUUCCUUCCAGUAGCACCUUAGAGACCAACUAAAUUUGUUAUUGGUAUGAGCCUUUGUGCGCAUGCACACUUCUUCAGAUACACUGAAACAGAAGUCACCAAACCCUUAUAUAUACUGUAUUGCUGGUAUAGGGUAUUACAGUCAUAUCUCAUGUUGCAUCUGCUUCAGGUUGCGUUUUUUCGGGUUGCGGACUGCCGAAACCCAGAAGUACUGGAAUGGGUUACUUCCAGGUUUCGGCUAUCACGUGUGCACAGAAGCGCCGAAUCGCAACCCGCAUGUGCGCAGACGCAGGUUGCGAACAUGCAUCCCGCACGGAUCACGUUCGCAACCCGAGCGUCCACUGUACUGGUUCGCAUCCUCUCACUAUAUAGAAGGGUCUGGUGACUUCUGUUUCAGUGAACAGUGGUACCUCGGGUUACAGAUGCUUCAGGUUACAGUCUCCACUAACCCCGAAAUAGUACCUCAGGUUAAGAACUUUGCUUCAGCAUGAGAACAGAAAUUGUGUGGCGGUGGCAGUGGAAGGCCCCAUUAGCUAAAGUGGUACUUCAGGUUAAGAACAGUUUCAGGUUAAGAACGGACCUCCAGAACAAAUUAAGUUCUUAACCCGAGGUACCACUGUAUCUGAAGAAGUGUGCAUGCACACGAAAGCUCAUACCAAUAACAAAUUUAGCUGGUCUCUAUGGUGCUACUGGAAGGAAUUUUUUUAUUUUGUUUCUGCCUCAGAAUAGGAUGAUUUAGAGCAGAGAAAUAGCAGCUGGGCGGGGGGGGGGGCUGUUUAAGUGCCACCAACCCUCCCAUCACUUUUCCAGUUGAAAUUGUAUCACCCGAGUGAUUUUUCUUUAAAAAAAUAAAUGAAUUAAAAAGCUGCCAGGAAUUCAUCGUAAGCCCUUGCGUGUAUUAUGUCGUAAGCUGUAAGAGACGCAUUCUCUGUGCCGACAAGUGCAGAAAUGAAGGGUAAUCAUUCCUCCGGCCCGAAAUGUGCUCUGGCUAUGACAUCAAGCCCGCAGACCAUGCUGCUUUCAUUUUAAGUGUGUCGUAUUUGGCUCAGUUGGCUGUGGGUUUCUUCUUUUUCCAAACUGCCUGUUUGUGGCUUCCCGCAGAGCAAUGCUCCAGUCUUCCCAGGGCGGCAGAAUUUAACAUGCACUGCUCUUAGCUGUCAAGAAAUCCUAGUCCACUUAGCCACUGCGAAAUGAAGCUGGGGCCUUCUGCCUCAUCUUGAUGAUGAUGAUGAUGAAAUAAAGCUGGAAAAGCAGCUGCUCUUCCAAUGAGCUAUACUCCUUUCUUGUCGAGACCCUAAACGGCCUUGGUCCUCUAUACCUGAAGGGGCGUCUCCACCCCCAUCGUUCAGCCUGGACACUGAGGUCCAGCUCCGAGGGCCUUCUGGCGGUUCCCUCUCUGCGAGAAGUGAGGUUACAGGGAACCAGACAGAGGGCCUUCUCGGUGGUGGCGCCCGCCCUGUGGAACGCCCUCCCAUCAGGAAAUAAGCAGCUAUCUUAUCUUUAAAAGACAUCUGAAGGCAGCCCUGUUUAGGGAAGUUUUUAAUAUUUAAUGCUGUAUUGUUUUUAACACUCGAUUGGGAGCCGCCCAGAGUGGCUGGGGAAACUCAGCCAGAUGGGCGGGGUAUAAAUAAUGAAUUAUAUUAUUAUUAUUUUAAUUAUUAUUAUUGCUAGUGCAGCAUUCCCUGUUUUGACCGAAAGCAGCUCCUCAGGGUUUUGAGAGGGAGGUUUUUCCCCCCAUUCCCUGUUUCUUGCUCCUUUUAACUAAAGGUGCCGGAGGUGGAAUCUUUGAGCUUCCACAUGUAAAGUAACUGAUCUGUGUUCCCUCCCCAAAUGUUAGGGGAUCACCUGUUCUGAAACAGGGGUGUGGGAACCUUUUCUCACCAGCAGGCCAGGUCUUUUAUCUCCCCACCCCUGACGGGCCAAAUUUGGCAGGUGGGCCCAAGCACUGUCUGAGCUGUUUGAAAUCACUUUUGCAACCAGAGGUUCAGAGAGCAGUGUGGAGCUGUUUGCAAAAGGGCUUUUAAGCAGCCUCGCUUUCAAACAGCACAGAAAGUAGCAUGCCCCACCCCUAUUAUUAUUAUUAUUGUUGUUGUUGCAGGGCAGUGUACAACAAUAAAAACAUAAUUUACACAGCAUAACAAUAAAAACAUAAUACAGUGCUUAAUCAUCAUAAUAACAAUCCCACACACAAACACAUUUUCACAAGCAAUGGACUAUUUAAUGGCCAAAGGCCUGGGUAAAGAGUAAAGUUGAUUGAUUGAUUGAUUGAUUGAUUGAUUGAAUUUAUAUACCACCCUAUACCCAGGGGUCUCGGGGGCGGUUCACUGAAUAAAAUGAAAAUAUAAAACCACAAAAUACCUAAUAAACAUAAAAACAACAACCCAAUAGCCCCCAACCACACACAAAAAAAACACAUUUUAAAAGGGCAUAGGAUGUAAGUCGGAUCAACCAAAGGCCCGGUUAAAAAGGAACAUUUUUGCCUGGUGCCUGAAGGUGUAUAAUGAAGGCACCAGGUGAACUUCACAGGGGAGAGGAUUCUAUAGAUGGGGAGCCACUGCAGAGAAGGCCCUGUUCUCGUGUUGCCACCCUCCAGACCUCUCAAGGAGGUGGCACACAAAUGAGGGCCUCAAGAUGAUCUCAGGGUCUGGGUAGGUUUCAUAUGGAAAGAGAGAGUCCUUGAGGUAUUAUGGUCCUGAGCCGUUUAAGGCUUUAUAGGUCAAAACCAGCACUUUGAAUUGGGCCCGGAAACUAAUUGGUAGCCAGUGCAAUCAGACCAGGAUCGGUGUAGUAUGCUCAAACCGUCUUGCUCUGUUGAGCAACCUGGCUGCUGAAUUCUGCACCAGCUGAAGUUUCCGAAGCAGCCCUACGUAGAAUGCAGUGCAGUAAUCUAACCUUGAAGUUACCAGAGCGUAGACCGCAGUAGUUAGGGACUAUCUCUGUCCCAAUGGGGCGUAGCUGGGCCACCAGCUGAAGCUGAUGGAAGGCACGCUGAGGCCCUGAGCCUUGCAGCAAGGAGUUUCCCUGCCCCUGUCCUAAAAGGCAGACUACAAAUAAAUGUGUGCCCAGAAUGAAUCAGCCCAAGUUCUUAACAGGUUCUCUCCCACCUUCCAGGAUGUCCUACACGGAAGCGAUAGAGGUUUUAAAGCGGGCUCACCAAGAAUUCGUUUACAAACCAGAGGUGAGUGUUGCCGUGUGUGUGUGUUUGUGAGGGAGGGUUUCUUCGAAAAACUAAAUGAAUACCGAGGCCUGAGUAUUAAUAUUUUUGUUUUCCACUUUUUUUUCCAGUGGGGUCGUGAUCUUCAGACUGAGCAUGAGCGAUACCUGGUCCAACACUGUGGCGAGAUUCCCGUAUUUGUGUUCAACUAUCCCUAUGACCUGAAGCCGUUCUAUAUGCGGGACAACGAAGAUGGACCCCAACAUACGGUAAGAGUUCCAAGUCAAAAUGCCUAGGGCCUAGGCAGUGCAGGAUAUUGCCCUUUUGCAUCUGGCUUUCUUCAUAUAGUUUCUGGAAUGAAGCAGUCCAGUCCAGCUCUUCUUUCUGAUGCCCCUAAUCUUGGGGGAAUGUUUGUGUGUGGUGGGUGAAGAUUAAUACAGUGCCCAACUCGAAACAGACCCGUUGAAACAAAUGUACCUAAAUUGGUCAUGUCCAUUAAUCCCAGUGGGUCUACUCUUGAGUAGGACUAACGUUGGCUGCAACCCAUGAUCUCCCAGGAAAGGAAAGCAUUGCCUAGGGCACCACGCAGAACUCCCAAAGCUUCUGUUUGCUGUGUAAUUACUGUGAUUUAGUAUCCCUGCUUACUACUUAGGCCAGGGGUAGCCAGUGUUUUUGGACUGCAACUCCCAUCAGCCUUUGCCAGCACGGCCAAAGGUCAGGGGUGAUGGGAGCUGUCAGUCAGCAGCAUCCGAACAGCACCACAUUGUCAUGCUUUAGUAGGGUGGAACAGGAUUUAUCCAGCUAUUCAAUGCAAAGGGUGAGCAUUUUAGGAAUUCACAUUGUUCGCUGCCGUUGGGUUUUGUUUUGCUUUAAUUGGCUUUUAAUUGAUUUCACCUGUUUUGCAUUUUAAUCUUGUUGCUAAGUCACUUUGAGACUCUUUUUUGUAUAAAGGGACUAACUAAUGCAAGUGAUUAAUUAUAAGUACAUACAUAAUCAUACAUACACAAAGACAAACUGGGUUUGUCAGUGAUUUACAGCGUCCAAAACCUGAUUGCACGACUUUAAAACUUAAAUACUCAUAAUUAAAAAGCACAAUAAAACGGUCCUGUUUCGGCAUUAAAAUACGCACUGGCUAACGCCAUCUUAGAUACGCGAUUCAGAGAGAGAUUUAUUCCUUUAUUCCCCUUUCCUUUCAAGGUGUCGGCAGUUGACCUCCUUGUACCAGCAGUCGGGGAACUUUGCGGAGGCAGCCUGAGGGAAGACCGACCUGAUUUCCUACAGUCCCGCCUACAGAGGUCAGGGAGAGGAUUUCUGCUUCUGGCUUACUGUGGGGAGCUGUUGGACAGUUGGUCAAGGAGGGUCUGUUGAGGACGCCAGCGAUUAAAGGGGAGAGGCCGGCCGCUUGUUCAGACAGAACAGAUGCUUCUUAGGGGAUGCGUUCCUUGACAUGCCAGACUCGUUGGUGCAAUCUGUCCAAUACGCAGAAAUGCAAAAAAAAAAAAAUACUGUUGUAGCCCCUUUCUCACAAAUGUGUUUGGGCUGGGGAGGGGGACAGAAAUUCACAGCCGUGCAUCACCUUGUUGUCUUAAGUGCUUGCUUUUCUAUUCAUCUUAACGCCAACCUAUGAAAAUCUCCUGUGUCCACUAUCGUUUCUUUCUGACUGAUACGCACAUUUUCACAAAAGCAGUUUUCCAUAAUACAAGGCCUUUUGUAGGUUGCUUUCAUGAUGUUUUCCCCUUGGUUCCACAGGCUGGGGCUUGAAGACACCUACCAAUGGUAAGGACGGCCAGGUAUUGUUUGUUGGUCUACGGCUGUGUUCAUAGCGUUGCCCAGGUGGAUCCGAUCCUCCUCCUUUGGGUGGCACACCUGUCUGAGGUUUUUGAGCUGUGAUUCCUGCAUUGCAGGGGGUGGGCUGGAUGACCCUUGGGGUCCCUUCUUAUACUGCAGUUCCAUGAUUCCAAACCUUUGCAACCACCAACUGCUGGUAAAAAGGUAAAGGUACCUCUGACCAUUAGGUCCAGUCGCAGACGACUCUGGGGUUGCACGCUCAUCUCGUCCAAAGGCCGAGGGAGCCAGCGUUUGUCCGCAGACAGCUUCCAGGUCAUGUGGCCAGCAUGACUAAGCCACUUCUUACAAACCAGAGCAGUGCAUGGAAACGCCGUUUACCUUCCCUCUGGAGUGGUACCUAUUUAUCUACUUGCACUUUGACGUGCUUUCGAACUGCAGGAGCUGGGACUGAGCAACGGAAGUUCACCCCAUCACGGGGAUUCGAACCACUGACCUUCUGAUCGGCAAGUCCUAGGCUCUGUGGUUUAGACCACAGUGCCACCCGCGUCCCCACCAACUGCUGGAGGGGAGAACAAAUCCUUUUUCAGUCUUGUGGUGGAGCACAGUUUUGCAAUGGCCCAUCACACCUGCUAAAUGCAUUAGUUGGGACAUAGGACCAUAGAACUGUAAAAUUGGAAGGGUCUCUGAGGGUCCUCUAGUCUAACCCCCUGAAAUGUAGGAAUCUCAACUAAAGCAUCCAACCUCUGCUUAUUAAAAACCUCCAAGGAAAUAGAGUCCACAACCUCCCGAUGGAGACUGUUCCACUGUUGAAUGAUGUUCUUCUGCGUUCCUCCCCCUGGCACCCCCUGACCUGCCUGACAAAGUGAGUGACAGAGCUGUCAUUCUCCCUCAGUGGGUGGCGCUGUGGUCUAAACAACUGAGCCUCUUGGGCUUGCCGAUCAGAAGGUCGGCGGUUCGAAUCCCCGCAACGGGGUGAGCUCUCAUUGCUCUGUCCCAGCUCCGGCCAACCUAGCAGUUCAAAAGCACACCAGUGCAAGUAGAUAAAUAGGUACUGCUAUGGCAGGAAGGUAAACAGCAUUUCUGUGAGCUCCGGUUUCCAUCACGGUGUCCUGUUGCACCAGAAGCGGUUUAGUCCUGCUGGCCACAUGACCUGGAAAGCUGCCUGUGGACAAACGCUGGCUCCCUCAGCCUGAAAGCGAGAUGAGCGCUGCAACCCCAUAGUCGCCUUUGGCUGGACUCCACUGUCCAGGGGUCCUAUACCUUUACCAUUCUACAUCUUUCUUAAAGUAAGGAAGUUGGGCAGAAACAAACCUUUGGGACAAUUUUAGAGGGGGAAGGUGGUUGCUUGUCUUUGUCAGUAACUGCAUUUGACAUCUUCAGACGGGGCUGAGAAUCUCCCCUAUUUGAAAGCCCAGACAGCUGCUGUCAGUCAUUGUAGACAACCAUGAGCUCAAUUUCUAACAUCUCCAGGUAUGACUGGGAGGCAACCCUGGAGAGCAGCUCCCGGUCAGGGCAAACCGUGCUGAGCUAGACGGACCAAUUUGACACCGAAUAAGACAACUUCCUCAGUUCCUGGGACCUAAAUAGAGGCCGCCUGAAUAAACCAAGUAUUGGUAAACGCAACUGAUCUGCCGCCUUGCAUUCCAGGUACAUAGACCUGCGUCGAUUCGGAUCAACCCCUCAUGGUGGAUUUGGAAUGGGAUUUGAGCGCUACCUGCGCUGCAUCUUGGGCGUUGAGAACAUCAAAGACGUCAUCCCCUUCCCACGGUUUUCGCACUCGUGCGUUUUGUAGCCUUUCCCGAAGUUGCCGCCGUCGCUCGUUUUUACAAAUCCGUGCCCUGCUGCCCUGACGACAAAACUGCAGUGUUGUCUGGAAAAAUACAGAGACAACGCUCUCCCCAUCCCCUUUUUUAGCAUUGGAUAAUACUAUGGUAAACUUCGCACCGAAGACAUUUGAAACUGAGGAUAGUUUUGUAUUAUUGCAUUGUUUUUAAAUCCGCAGAGCACUUUGCAUUGUAGGACUCACUGACUGUUUUCGGGGAGGGAAGAGAAUUGUCUUGUCUUUGGCCAUAACUAGAACGAACAAAAUUAAACUUUCACCGAGUGUCUGUUCGUCUGCGAGAAGCGUUUGGGCG